GUGAUAUGACGUUUGCAUUAGAAAUAGACCCAAAUACUCGGUAAGAUUCUGUGUUUUUGCAGUGAAGUAAAGCCAGUUCAGCUAGUUUUCAAGGUAUUUUCAUGGCUAAUUUAUCUGAUGUACUUUACCUGGAGGUUCGUAAGUCGGGGAGGUAGAUUUUUUUUCUGUGCUUACCUGACUCCUCAGCCUAACAAGCACAAGCCUCUUUAGAAAAAACCCAGCAGGCUUCAAUUAAAUCGUAAACUCUCCUCUCUGUUGCUCUCCAGCUGCUUUUCUCUCAGGGUGGUCAAAUUAACUUUACUCUAUGCUCACAUUUAAUAGCAUCGCCGCAGAAAGCAAACCUGUAGAGUGCGAGCAUGAAAAACAAACGUGGGAUUGAACAACAAUAGGUAGAGCCAGGAGGAGGGGGCUGUAAAUGUGGAACCACUUAAGGUCCGAGCGCGCUCGCCCUGCAAAGGGUUAAAGAUGGCGAUGGGAUAAGUGGAGCUCGUUUAUCCCAAAUUUGACAGUGGUAGUUAAAUGUUGAGUUUUCCCUCCAACCUGGCAGUCUGGACGAGGCUUUCUGCUCCCCUCAGCCUCCCUGGUGCUGCGCUCGUUUACGACCGUCUGUCUUCUCUAAAUCAAAUCCGAGAAACGGAGGACGAUUCCGCAAGAUUAUCUCCUCAGCUUCACCUCCAUCCAUCCCACCAUUCCUUCAGCUUUCUCACAGCCGUUCGCCUCUCCUCUCCUCCUCCCCACCAACGCUCCGCUUCGUCUUUCACUGUGGAGCUAAAUUUCCCAACCUGCCGUCCCUGGGAUCCCCACAGAUGUCCGGAGCCUGGCGCUGAAGCGGGCGCUCGCCAGUAGCCCAGAUGCAUCUGCGACUCUUUGCCUUUGGGAUGACCUUGCUUUGUGAGGUGAUCAGGAUGGGAUCGGGCGUCACGCAGAAGCGAAGCGCUCACAGAGAGACGUCAGAAGACUGUCAGAGUUGUCUGGAGUGUUCAAGGGACAACGGCUGCGUACGCUGCCCAGAGCGACUCUUCCUGUUUCUCCAGAGGAAAGGGAUGUCUCAUCAUGGGACAUGUCUCCAUUCCUGUCCAACCGGACACUUUGGACAGAGAGGGAGGGACGUGAACCGCUGCAUGAAAUGCCGCUCGUUGGACUGCGAGCUUUGUUUCAGUCGGGACUUCUGCACCAAGUGUAAGCCUGGCUUCAAGCUGCACAAAGGCAAGUGUUUGAUCCACUGCCCAGAGGGAACCUUCGCUCACCAGACAGACUGCCUCGAGGUCUGUCCCCUGCCUCCGCUGGGAGAGUGGAGCGAGUGGAGCGUCUGCGUCCGUGACGGCGCCACCUGUGGUUUCAGAUGGGGAAAGCAGACCCGGGUCCGGGAGAGCAGCCAGAGCUGGAAAGCGACUGAAAAAGCGCCGGUCUGUCCGCCCCAAAGCGAAACACAAAGGUGCAGGAUGAAGAAAAAAUGUCCCACAGAGAGAAGACCGAAUAAAAAAGGAGGACUUGGCAGAAAGAGGGAGAGAAAACGACUGCGACUCCUCGCCAGCCUGUCGGCUAACGCAACAACAGACUCCAUCAGCGGCGGCGCCUGAACCGGAUCCAGUUCCAUGUUGGCCCGCCGAACCAAAACCAGAACCACCGAGGACAAAAACAACCUGAACCGACUGUUCACUUUAUCCCCAUGAUGUGUGAAUAAAAUGUGUUUUCCAAACAUUAAAUCAAAGUAGGAGCUGCACUGAUCUGAAUUUACCUCUGAUUCGCUUUUUAAUUCAAAUUUUGGUCAAAUUUAUUGCAAACAUCAUCAUCACAAAAAAACCCAAACUGGGUUAGAUUACAUGAAAAAUAAAUGUUUGUAUAAAAGCGUCAAAGUGAAAUAUUAUCCACUUGAUUUGGAAAAAAUGGCCCAGUUGUCGCUAAUCUCAGGUUGUGAUUACAUUAUUGCUUUGGGUGCUAAAAUGGCCCAGUCAAAGUCCAGAUUUCAACCUUAUUAUAAAAAACAAGAACAAAAACUCAAAGUUAGUGCCUUUUAUUUAUCACUGAAGAAAGAUUGGAGAUUCGACUCAGCAUGAGAAAUGAUGCGUUCAAAGCAGUCGGAAAACUGGAACGCGGAUCUGGGAAUAACAGAGAUUACUGUCAUGAAUUUAACAGGAUUUACUGACGAACAAUGUUUCCCCUCCAGAGCCGCCAUGUUGGAUGUUUGAGGAAUGAAACUUAAAACUUCAGGAGGUUCCCCAGAUGUUUUUAUCCAACUUUGAACUUGUAAAUUUUGAAUAUAUUGGAGAAAAAAUGGGCAAAAGUGCAAAUAGUCUCUUUUUUUUGGGCAUGAAAAUUUUAAAUUGAAUAAUUUUUAUGAGGUUAAAAUUGACCAAAAAUAUUUUCUGCUGCACUAUUUCCCACAAUCCACAAAUAAGCCAGUAAAAUAUCUGCAGAACUCCAGCUGGAUUAUCUUCAAAGGUUUUUAUUUUGUAGUUUUGGUUUAUUUCCUCUAAGUUUGACCAAAGAUGAAAGAAAGGAGUUUUUCUGGUGCAUCUUAAUGGCUGAUAAUAAUAAACGCUGCAUGUUUAGUCCAAACUAUCUCGCAGUUUAUUCGUUUGUCAGUUUGUGUGUAAUAUAAUUGAGCUGUAUACAUGAUGUAAUAUUUUGAUGCAGGAUGAUUUAUCUGAUAUUGCACAAGUAAAGCUUGCAUGACAACAUGUGAGUUCUCUUACUUUUUUUUUCUCCAGAGCAAAUAAAAUCUCUUCUUUUUUCCCACCAAA